AUGCGCAAAAAGACAAAGCAGAAAAAGAAAGCAGAAAAUCAGCAGAAUGCUGACGAAAGACCAUCUAAGAAACCAAAACAUGCACACGCUACAGGUGUGCAACCCAACAGCGCUGCUCCUCAUGUCAAGCCAGAACAGCGCAAAAAGAACACUGGUGCCUUUGCUGCGUCCUGGUCCGAAGUGGCUCAAGGCAAACCACCUCCUGAUAAAGGCAAACAGUCAAACCGGACCUUGGGGCCUGGCAGACCCCAGACUGAGAAACACAAAGAAACAUGGAGCCUAUUGAACAGCGCUUGGCCUAAAGCUGCUUUAGUCCAAGCCGCAACAGUCAGAGAGGCCCUUGAAAAGGGUAUUGUGCCAACUGGUCAAGCGUGCUUGUGCCAAACUUGGAAUCAAAUUGAAGAUUUCCAGCGACUUGCCAAACUUCAUAAACUUGAGGAUAAGGCAUUUGCACUGUUGCUGGCUCAAGGGGAGGGGGAGAAGUCUGAUGGCAAACGUGUUAAUUAUUUUCCUACCUGGGAAAAUGCCCGCACUUACAUCCGGCCUUUCUUCGUGCAGCCGCUUGUCAAAGCCAUUCCUGAUAUGCCAGUGCAGAAAGUCCACGCAACCAAUGUCCCAGCGGACGCGAGUCCUCUGGCCACAUUCCGAGUCACUGUCCCCAAAGCUUUGCUUGCUAAAGUUUCUUGGGAGGCCAUUAAGAACAACCCCCGAAAGCUUGUCUUUAAGGUUUUUGGUGAACAAACUGUUCAGACCACUUAUGGUUGGAAGGAAGUGCAGAUUGGAGGAAAGAGGCAAACUGAACCUGAGAUCCUGCUUCAGGGAUUCCUUCGCUGUAAGGAGUCAUCAGCUAAUGCCGUCUUGCAACUAAGCGGAACUGAGGGUUUGUUUGUUGAUAAACUGUGUAAUUCCCCUAGUCCUCGACCUAACGUUUGGUGGUUUGCACUUGCUGAAGAUGAAGAUUUGCAUACAUAUUUUGUCAGAGCUGCUGCUGAAGCGAAAAGGGAAAAUGCCAGUCUUUGCUUCCGCAAGGGUGGAAAUGCUUGUCUUGGAAUGCGUUUGCAAUCAGCCAAGAAAAUGGGGCUGCAGCUUCAUGCUUGGACGCUUCAUGGAGUCCCCAAGCAUUGGUUUGGCCAAGAUGUUAUGCAAUGCCUUUUUGAUGCCGGUUGCACUGAAGCCGCCAUCAUCCGUCCACCUGAGGGUCGCCAGAGAUCAUGGCUUGUGAAGGCUAAAGUGAAUGAUGAAAACAAUCUAGGUGUUGUCGGCAUUCAGGCGGGUGCACGUGUCCUUUACUUGAACAGAGUUCAGCACAAGAACAAAAGAUCCGCUGAAGUCUUGUCUGUCAUCAAGCCAAGUGUUUCCAGACAUGCUGUCAUCACGAAGCCAGAGGCUGAGCAGAAGGCAGGGGAUGACGCUGCCAGAGCCCGUGAAAGGAGCCGCUCCCCGAACAAGGGUUCUGGUCCAAGCAAGGCUUCUGUCCCAAGCAAGGGUUCUGUCGGACACACAGAAAAUGUGCCAGCCGAAGGGCCGGCUUUUCCUUUCGCUGACAAGAUUUUUUCUCUUGAUUGCGGGGGGGGUGGCAACUGCGGCUAUCAGGCAUUAGCUGCUGGAUUAGCACUUGAGCGAGGGCAGUCCUUUGAUAGCUUCAAAGAAGAAUUGCAGGCCAGAGGUCGCACUGUUCGAAAUGACAUUUUCAAGCAUAUGGAAAAACACGUCAAAGAAUAUAAGGAGUGGUUUGCACCCAGUGAACGCAGUGAACACAUGGAUGCUGGCAGCACACCUCAAACAUGGGAAGCCUUUCUUGAUAGCACGUUGCGCGAAGGAAGGUGGAUCGAAGGCCUGUCCCUUCGCGCUGCCAGCCGACGCUACGGCGUGCAGAUCAUUGUGGUUCCUCUCCAAGGGGAAGAAAAGGACAGACCUAUGGCCUUUGGAGAAGUCAGAAGUGGCAAGGAUCCGAUUGUCCUUCUCCUCAAUACCAUUGAGGGUCAUUACACACUGGCUCAGCUCAAAGCUGGUCGCCAAUGGCCGCGAGAAUGGAUGUCAGCCCCGGCAGCUUCGGUUGACAGUGCGGCCUUCCGCGGUGGGGGUAAAUCUGUUUCCUCAGCGGACUGGCGCCCGGCAGCAACACCUUCACGGAAAAGUUCCCAUUCAUGGAGACCGGCAUGCACACCUGAGAAGUCAGUCGUGUCCAGAGUCCGGUCCUGCUUGCCGUCUAAGUCCAAGCCUCGGUCCAAGGUGGCAUCCAUCCGUAGUCCGAGCAGUUGCCAUCCAUUUCAUGCACCCAGCUGCAAAGCAAAAUCAGCGCCUGGUAGUUCUAGCGGCGCACGCGCCAGAGUGCCUGGCCAUGUUGGCUCACAAAAGGCUCAUCAUAUUAAGCCCCAAGAAAUUGCUGAUCAGUAUCAGUGGACUUGCAAUCUCUGCCAAGAGGUUUUUCGCACCCGCAUGCCUAGGCACAUUCAAAAGGUGCACCCGGGGAAAGCCAAACAUGUCACGCCGGUUUUCAGAAAGUGCUUGCAAAUUGCGACUCCGAGUGCCGACAUCCCCGUAGAUCAGCGGUCUUGGUCUUGUCCAAAAUGCAACAAGGGGUUCGCUUGGAUGUCCCAAAGAAGCCUCAACGCUUCCCGUUUAGCUCAUGAAAAGGUUUGCUAUGGCUUAACUACUCAGCAAUUGCGUAAGCGUUGUUACGUUCGUGACUCCUGGAAAACCAAGCAUGUUGCACUGAACAAGAAUAAUGCGCUUUUGAGGAGAAACGAAACAGCCACGGCCAUCCAAGACUUCAAUGCCAAGGGCCCUGGUUUUGCCUUUCGUGUCCCUAAGAGUUUGUUUGACCCAAAGACGGGAUCCGAUGCUUUCAGUUGUGCUACUUGUACCUUGUUCCACCAGAAAUGGAAAGGAGUCAGUGAGCACCAGUGCAACGGCCGCGAGGGCCGCAACAUGUUCAUGAAGCAUCAGCUUAGGAAAGCGUUUUGGCACCGGCACCGUAAAUGCCACCCCAAACUGAUUGAAUUCCUGAUCAAACAGUGGAAAGUCACCAAGUCAGAAUUGCAAACCCUGGAAGAAGGCCUGGCCACCGCCGGAGGCCGAAGAGGCAUUUGCCCUGCACAGAAAUGCUGUUGGUAUAAGGAUGUUGUUGAGGACGGAGAUGUGCAUCCGCACCCUGGACCGUCGUCAAGUAGCAGCACACACAUGGAAGUCCUUACCAUCAAUGCCGGGGGAGCAGCCAAUGCCUGGGCUGUUGCCCGCUGGACCUGUGCCCAUCGCCCUGCUGUUGUGGUAAUUCAAGAAUUGCGCAUGAAUCAAGCCAAGCAAUCUGACUUUGCCAACUAUUUGUUGAGACAUGGAUACAGAUCAUGGUUUGCUUGCCCCCCGACCCACGGGGGAGUUGCAAUCUUGGUUCGGUUUGACAAGCCCGCACAGCUCAUUAGAACACACACCCGUCCCGAAGGCCAAGCAAUCAUGCUUCAGCUGGAUCAUGCCUUGAUCGUUGGUGCGUACUUUUCCCCCAACUCUGCUGCUUGUGAUAUUGCCACUACUUUGGAUGACUGGGUCUCCUCGGUUCAUGAAAAUAAGCCCUUGUUUAUUCUAGGUGACUUUAACGAAGAACCAAGUUUUGCCCAACGCUGGAGCACCAUCCGUGGCUUUGGUAGCGUUUCCACAGUGAAUGAUUCAAUGGGUCAGCCUCUCCCUACUAGAUGGAGCGGUCACCGCUGCAUCGACUGGAUUUGGGCAUCUCAUAUUCUCAUGGUUGAGAAAUUGCAUUUCCGUGAUGAAGUUUUCUCUGACCACAAGCCUGUGUGUUUUUCUUUGCAAUUUUCCCAGAACAAGGUUUGGGGGUAUAAGGCUGUCCAAACUAGAAAACUCCUGCCGCCGCCUGAUGUGCCAAAGGACGUGUGGAAACAAGCCCUUGCAAAUAGUUGGUCUCAGGCUAGUUUACCGCCUGAGACCAGCACCAACCAAGAGUGGAGGGAGUUCUGCAACAUGGCUGAACAGGCGCAGGUCGCCGCACUCCAGGCCUGUGGUGGCCCCAUCCCUAAGCCCAAGCUUACAAGAGAGAAGGGUUCUGAUUUGCAAGUUGAUGCUGCUGAAGCGGGGACAUUCCGCCUCCGUCAGCAGGCAACGAUGCGUGAAUUGAAGCUUCGCAAGCUAUUGGGUAGGAUCCUUGAAACAGAAACCCAGCGACAGCGUGGCCGCGCUGUGCCGGCCAUCUUGAAUCAGCGGAUCUUUAGGCAUCCUUUCCUCCGUGACCAGGGUGUUCAGACCUUGGGGGAAGCCAAGCAAUGGGUCCAACAAGCAUUGCAUGAUCAUUUGCAAGCUGUUCAGGCGCAGCAGCUUCGUGCCUGGCGAGAACAGCUGAGUGGUGCAAACCAACCACCAUCACUUGCCUGGAGCCCCAUCACCGCAAAAGAGCUCCAGACGCAGGCUGGCCGCAUGCGUGGCACCGCUGCUGGUUGCGAUGGUUGGAGUGGUGAUGACAUAGCUUCUUGGCCAACUGAGGCUUGGGUGAUCAUGGCAGAGCUGGUCCAAAGAUGGCUGGCCAGGGGGGAAGUUCCUGAUGUUUGGAGCAGUGUGCGCCAAAUCCAGCUUCAGAAGCCCAAUGCCAAAGUGAGAGAAGGCGACCAGGCCUUGGCCGCCAAAGAUCUCAGACCGAUCGCCAUCCAAAGUGUGAUUUGGCGGGCGGUUGCAUCCUCUUGGACCCGAAGGCCGCAGACCAGAGCCUGGGUAAAAAGCUGGGUUCACGAAUCUGCCUACGGAGGCAUCCAGGGGAAAAGUGUUGCACAUGCAGUGGACAAAUUGCUGCAAUCCUUUGAGAAAAGAAGAGGUGGUGUUUUGCUCUCCCUCGACUAUGCCAAAUGCUUUGACAUGGUCGACCCUGAAUUAGGAAUCAUGUGCCUCCGUCAUUUCGGCUGCCCCAAUGAAAUUCUUUUUGCCCUUCGUCAAGUUUGGGAUCAGAACAGAUGGCUUUGCUUCAGGCGGGAUUGCUUGCCCAAUCCUGUGCAUGUAACCACUUCCAUUCCUCAAGGAGACGCUAUUUCCCCGCUCACUCUCCUGGCCCUGCUUACUGGCCUCACAGGCCGUGUGUUGCAAGAAAGAACUGAACCCCACACUCUGGCGACUUUUCUGGACGACAGAAACUUAGUCGCUAAAACGCCCGAAGAUGCGGCAAAGCUGUGGAAAACCUGGAAAGAACUUUCUCCUCGUGUGGGGCUUCAAGAGAAUGAUGCCAAGGUGCAAGUGGUUCCUAGGGCAGCUGACUUCAAACCAAGACUGCUCCAGGCUGGAUUCUCUGAGAAUCAGAUCGUUGACUCUGCACGGGUCUUGGGGGUCGACAUCACUGCGCGCCUGAACGCAACUCAUCGACCCACAAAGGAAACUCGAAUCCAAGAAACACAUGCUAGACUUGAGCGCAUUGGUUUGUUGCCAGUUUCUGCAGAUGUUAAAGCCGCUUUGACUUGCUCUUUGGCCAUUCCCAAGGCUGUGUGGGGCCUGUGGCUCACGCCGUUUUCGGCCAAACCUUUGUCCACGCGCAUCAAAAGAAUUUCAGGGGGCCAGCAUGUCACAUGUUCCACCAACUUGUUUUUCUUGCUUGCCGGGCACGGUUUGAAUCCCAAUUUUGCUGCAGGUUUUGGCGCCUACAUCUAUUUGGCUGACAUUGUGCGGCAUCAUCCCAGAACAUGGCCGAACACCUCACCCCGAGGCACGUGGCUCGGCACUGUCCGUCAGUGGCUGCUCGGCCUUCAAUGGCAGGAGCAGGGCGCAUGGACAUGGGUCCACCCAGAAGUCAACUUUUGCAUUGAUUGGAAUCAACCCAUUAGUGUGGAUAUCAAGCAAAAAGAACAUCACGCAUUGAGGGAGACUUGGAGAAGACAGCAGUUUGCACUUUUCAUGUCCAGUGGCCGCCGCGAUGCCGCUGCGGUGCAAGAUUGUGUUUACAAUGAAUCACGUGUCACUUGUGCCCGCAAGAUCUUCAGAUCUUGCAAUACGCACAGCCGAGCCUGCAUGAUUGGCGCAGUUGUUUCUGAUGCCCGUCUUGACAAAAUUAAGAAUCCAGAUCAUCCUCCAGCGCCAUGCUCCUGGUGCUCUACUGGUGAUGUGCCCACCUGGCAUCACCUUGCGUGGGAAUGCUCUGCUUUUAGAGACACGCGUGGCGCUGUGCCACAAGAUCCUUUGCAAAGAGUACUUGGCUGGCCGUUUGGCCAAGACCACCAGACUGAUGCAUCCGUUCUUGAACACUUGGGCAACGUUCGGGAGCGAAUGCUUGAUCGCCGAUAUCGCGGCAACUAA